AUGCAGGCAAAGGUAGCCCGCAGCUUUCGCUUCCUGGCAGAGGCUCCCACCACCACCCUGCAGCGCCUCAAGUGCCUCAUGACCGGCGGGCUGCCGUCCUUCUUUGACAUCGGCAACAGCUUUUCUGCCGGGCCCUUGGACGAAGACAACCUCGUUGAUCAGGCCGUCGCGGCCGGAAAGCGUGUGGCGUUUGUGGGGGACACGACGUGGACCCAGCUCUUCCCCCGCCAGUUUUCGGCCGCGCACCCCUUCCCCUGCUUCAACGUCCGGGACCUGCACUCGGUGGACGAGGGAGUGGCAGCCCAGCUGCCCGCCCUCCUGGCCGCGCCGGGGUCCUGGGACUUGCUGAUCGGCCACACGCUGGGCGUGGACCAUGCAGGCCAUGCCCACGGCGUCGCCUCGGCCCAGAUGCUGAGCAAGCUGGCGCAGACGGAUGCCCUGGUGCAGGGUUGGGUGGAUGCGAUGCUGGAGGUGGCGGGGCCCGGCCAGGCCUAUGAGAGGACGCUGCUCCUCGUGCUGGGGGACCAUGGCCAGACCCUCACGGGAGAGCACGGGGGCGGAAGCGACCCAGAGGUGGACUCCGCCCUGGUCGCUGUCAGCCUGGGAGCUCUGGCCAGGAGCCCGCCCGCCCAGACAGCAGCACAAGCAUCAGCAGGCUUCCCAAUACCAGUCACAGGCGUGAUGGUGCAGGCCGAUUUUGCGGCCACGCUGGCGCCGCUGCUGGGCCUGCCCACUCCCUACUGCAACCUUGGCAGGGUCCAUCGCGACCUCUUCCAACUCGGGGCUUCCAACGGCAAGGAUCUGGAAAUUGCUGCAUGGGCAAAUGUGGAGCAGGUGGUGAGGUACCUGGAGGCGUAUGCACUCGCAGCGUACUUUCCCAAGCAGGUGCUUGGCCGGGUGCUGCAGGAGCAUGCUGAUCUUCUCGGUGAUCGCGAGACCAGCAAGAAGGGAAGCGAGGCUGAGGCCGGCAGGGCGCUGGACUUCCUGGAGCUCGCCUCGCGGCUUGCCCGACCCCAGUGGACCCAAUUUGGCACGACAUCCAUGGUCCUGGGUCUAGUCGCGGUGGCCCUCGCCCUGGCUGCCCAGGCUUUGGGAGCUUAUGUGGCCCUUGCCCCUCGGGGUAUCGAGAAAAAGCCAAAGGCACCUGUUUCCACACUCACAAGUGUCCCAAGGCUGCUGAGCCUCGGCACAGCCAUCUGUGCUGCAGUGCCUGUGCUGGGCAUCUUCUCCUUCUUCUACCUGCUGAAUGAAGGCACUUGGACCGCCGGCGUCGCAGCAGCUGCCUGGGUACUCCUGACCCUCGAGUCGCUGACAACUUUGAAACCUCGGACCCAGACACUCCUGGCGAUACUCAUGCUGGGCGGGGCGGGGCUGCUCGCGCUCCUCCUGUCUGCACGCCUGGGGCUGACUCAGCACUCCGGCUGGGGGUUCUGGCAGAAGCUGACAGUGCACGACAAGGAGCCUGCUGCUCACCUCGGCGCCAACGUGAGCUGGGGAGCCCAGCUGCUUGCCUCGGGCACAGAUCAUAUAACCCGAUUAGCCGGCAAGCCCUCCAGCUGGGCAGGCUGCCUGCUCGUGGCUGGCUUCCCUGCGGCGCUGCUGGGAAUGGCCGUGUGCGCACUCAGCAUGCACGUGCCUGGAGUUGACCCUGCCGCGGCAAAUAUCCUGGCAUCCGCGCGCCUCGCCAGACUGGCAGUGGCAGCGUCCUUUGCAGCUGCAGCGGCACGGCAUGUGGUGCAGGGGGCUGUGGAUGCCGGGGUCGCAGCCUCAGACGCCCCUCUGUCCGCCCUCCUGGCCUGGGCUCCAGGCCGUCUCUUCCAGACCGACGGGGGCUACGUACAGCCAGCCACCCGCCUGUUUGCGCGAGUGUCCCUUUCCACCUCGGGCCUGGCCCUCCUCAGCCUGGCACUCAAUCGCCGUGUGCUCAGGAGCCACCCCGGCCUCCUGCCUGCGGGCCUUGCAGCCCUGGUGGCCCUGCUUUCCCCGCCCAGCACCAGUCUCGCCAUGCUGUGCAUGCUGGGUUGGGGCUGGGUGGCUGCGUACCUGCCCGCCGUCCGUCGGCGCUCGUGCCUGGCGCAGCUGCAGCUUGUUCUGGCAGCCAUGCACGCCUUCUAUGCCUCGGGGCACCUGUGCGAGUUUGCGGGAGUGCACUGGACGGCAGGGUUUGUGACGGAUGAUGAUUUCCAUCUGUACCGCUCGGGUGCAAUAGCGAUGAUGGGAACGCUCCGCUGCGCUGCGGCGCUGGCGGCCAUGCUCAGCGCAGCCGUCCAGCGUCGCCACCUCUACGCCUGGUCCCUCUUUGCCCCGCGCUUUGCGUUUGAAGCCUGCUUCCUGGUCGUCACAGACAUUACUGUGCUGCUGAUGAAUGUCCUUUUGGUGUGA